AUGUCAACAUUCCAUCGUCUAAUGCUAAUGCUCAAAGUUACAUAUGCAGAAAAGGAAGAUAUUCCAUACGAACUAAGCAAAAAAGAUCACGUGUUUCCUACGAGCAGUGUGGCGCAUCCCGAUUUUGCCAGAAAUCGGGUUGCAAGCGCAGAUGCUGCAUGUAGAAAAUUAAAACUGCAGGCUCAAGUAGUCACAAUCCUAAACAGCUGUACCACAGGAGCAACAAAAAGCUCAGAAAAAUGGAUAAAGGACUGGCGCAGCGACGUUAAAGCUAAAGCUGGCAAAAUCCGCCGUGCUCAGCAGCAGACUGGUGGAGGGCCUGGACCUGCACCCUUAUCUGCCAUGGAGGAAUCUCUAAUGGCAUUUAUUGGCCACGAAGCAGCAGAGGGCCUUGCCGUUGCCGAUACCUUAGAGAUUGUCCAGUCCCCUGCGAGUCAAGACUUAGGUGACAGUGAAGGCAAUUUAGAUGAAAAUGCUACAGAAAAUUUACAGCUCCCUACCGCAGGUACUUCUUCACCUACAGAUCCAAAACCAUUCGGUGGUCCUGUGACACAACGACGUUGCAAAAACCCAAUAGAGCUGCAAGAAGCCGAAAAAAGCCGAAAGAAGCUAUGUCAACACUUACAAAGUUUUGCAAACGAAAGAAGUACCCGAAGACGAUUGCGACCGAUACGGAAAAAAAUUGGCAAACAAACUAAGAAAACUAAAUGA